AGUAGAGCUAGUCAUCACAUCGAUGACAGCUCGCUGAUGUUCUAUUUCAGGUUCAAUACUCUUCUCUGGUGGUGAAGAACACGUAAUCGUGAAGUGGACAUUGAAUUUCAGCUACGUCGAACGAAACCGCGAAUUCAUUCCCCGAGUUGGCUCUAACAUCCUGUGGCUUUCCCUGUCUCCGGAUUCGUCGACGAUCGCGGCGUGUCUCAAUGAUAACAGUAUCAUAAUUGCCUCGAAUCAUAUGCGAGUGUUGCAGAGGAUACAUGGUUUGAUUCGCCGGUCCGGCAUGUAUCUGGGCAAACUGCAGGACAAUACUCAAGCAUCGCUCUUUCCAGCCGGCCUGUGCUACGACGGCGUUGGCUGUGGCGGAUCAACCACCCGUGGCUGUCUCAUCAUGAAUGGCCAUCUCGACAAGCUCAGAUUGCAGAUCUGUUCACAGAACGGCGGCACAGAACCGGCAGAGCCGUCGCUGGCGUUUAGCCAGACAGUGGAAGAAGUGUAUCAGUUUUGCGGCUUCGUGAAUUCGCCAGGAUCUCAUGGAUCUGAUGUGCCCCGCCGUGUCUCCUACCAUCCCGCUACAAAGCUGGACGUCGUGGGCAGAAAUCAGCCGCCGGUUGAGGAUGAGAGCAUCGUUUGUACGGAUAUCGCGGCUGUUGCUCUGAUAAAGGGUUGGCUAGCAACGGUCGAAUUCCGACCACCUAAUGUCUAUGCAGGAGAAAGGACUCGCAAUCGUGGGCUUGUGAUCGUAUCUGCUUUUAUCAAGAACAGCCUGCUCACUGCAUCUGCUUCGACGACGAAGGUGCACGGUUCGCCGUUGGAUUCAGUAGAAUGA